GCAGCAGCAGCAGCAGAGAUGGAAGAACUUCCUCGAUCUGCGACAGAAGUGUGAAUGAGCGGAGAGAGACGGAGAGAGACGGAGAGAGAGACGGAGAGAGAGACGGAGCUUCUGAUGGACGCGCGCGCCGGGCCGAGGUGCCCCGGUCCCCCGCGGACAUAAUGCAUGUGGAGUUGAUGGAGUAAAUAGGAAACCCCAGUAAAGCAGGACGGGAGUGCAUCUGCGGUCCAGAUGAAGUGCCUGCUGAUAGCCAGUGAAAGCGCCGAGGUCCUCUUCUACUGGACUGACCCGGAAUUUCAGCAGAACAUCCAGCAGCAGUAUGGCUCGUCUCAAGAGGAGGGCCAGGGGCUUCCGGCCUUCGAGGACAGCAUCAGCACUCUGUUUGCUCCCAUCAUCAUCUCCUGCAGCACCAUGGUGGACAGGCUCGGAGACAGCUACACCUCCUUCACCACGGAAAACAACCACAUCUACGUCCUGCACCAGUUCGACGAGUGUCUCUACAUCGCCGUGAACGGAGACGGCGAGGAGGGAGAGGAUGCUCUGAGGAGGAAGAUCUAUGUGAUGAAGAAAAUGAUCGAGGUCCGGUUCGGGAUGGUCACCCUCAGCAGUAACCUCCUCAGGAGAGAACUGCGGCCUCAGGACACGGAGCAGAGGGCGCGGCUGUGGAAGCAUCUGCAGGGCCUGCUGGAGACCUACAGCCACCUCCGAGAGAACGACCAGAGCUUCUUGGUGGAGGCAGUGGAGAGGCUGAUCCACCCCACGCUGUGUGAGCAGUGCAUUGAGUUCCUGGAGCGGCGUUUAGUUCAGCAGCUCAACAGCAGCGCCGAGAGGGCCGGAGAGGAGGUGCUGCACGCCUUCAUCCUGGUUCACACCAAACUGCUGGCCUUCUACUCCAGCCGCAAUGCAAGCUCGCUGGCCACCUCCGACCUCCUGGCCCUCAUCAUCAUGGCACAGAAUAUGUAUCCUAGCAACGUAGACCAGGAUGACCCGGGUCCUGAGGAUGUCGAGAGUACUUCUGGCUCCGGCCCUGAAAGUUUUUACACCCCAGAGCCGUCGCCUACAGACAGAGACUCGAGCAGUUCAGACAACCUAGAGAGAGUAAGCUCUCCUAUGUUUGAGUUUAUGGACCCGGACGUCCAGAUGGCAGAGGACAGCUUGCAGGCACUGGAAGUUCCUCCCCCGGAUCCUUCAACCCCUCGCAGAGUCUUCUUAGAGAUCUCAGGCAAAGAUGGGCUGUAUCCCAUGAUGCCUCACUCCUUGUACUGUCUGCCACUGUGGCCGGGGAUCACACUAGUGCUGCUCACUAAGAUUCCCACCAGUGCAGUAGCCCUGUCGGUGUACAAGUUUUUGGAGGCGUUCGCCAAGCUGGAGAAGUGUUUGAAUGGAGGCCAGGAAGGUUCUGCUGCCGCUCGAGGCCAGCUGGCCAUACACGACAUCCGCAGCAAGCUGGAUAAAUUCAUUAAAGCCCUGGGGCCCAGUGAGUUACAGUCUGCACAGUUACUAAAUGUGUGGACCGAGUUCAAGAAUCAAGCGUUUGCCAGAGGAGGAACUGGGUUCAACAAAGAUCUUAUCCCGUGGUGCAAGAACAUGAAGACCCAGCUGUGUGGCAUAUACCGCCAGUGUUUUCUCAUUGACUCUGGACCAGGUGACUUUCCUCAGCGUCUCUCCCCGAGGCUGCAGGAGCGAGCCCAGACCAUGGCGCAAGAGAAACUGAUGGACUGGAAGGAUUUCCUGUUGGUGAAGAGCAAGAGGAAUAUCACCAUGGUGUCUUACCUGGAGGAUUUCCCAGGCCUCAUCCAUUUUAUCUGCGUGGACCGAUCCACUGGCCAAAUGAUUGCACCGUCCCUCAGUACCACAGAGCGCACCACGUCUGAGCUGGGGAAGGGACCGGUGGCCCAGUUCAUCAAAAACAAGGUGUGGAGCCUGGUCAGCACAACGCGGAAUUUCCUUCGGAAAGGUUACUCCACUGUCACAUUGCGUGAUGGAGACUUCUACUUCUGCUACUUCCUCUGGUUUGAAAAUGAAAUGGGCUACAAGUUAGAGGCAGGGGACAUACCCCUCCUACCUGACGACUCUGCCCCGAUUGGGAUGCUGGCCUGGGACUACUACAGCAGGAAGCUGCUGCGGUACUACAGUAAGAAUCACCAGGGCGAGGUGGUGAGGUGCUACGAGCUGCUGACCGUUCACCUGGGGGUCAUCCCCACCGAGAUCAUCCUCCAGCACUGCAGACAGCUGGCAAGCAAACUGUGGGAGCCUUCACGCAAUCCACUGCUGUAGACACGCCCACACACUUGGACCGAGUCACUGUACCUAAGGGUUACUAAGCACACUAUAUGUCACGGUAUGGUGACCUAAAAUUAUUUAUUCAAAGUACUCGUGUAUCAGCAAACACAGUUGUGCACUAUUUUGUAUCUGGUAUGAAAGUAUGUUGACAGUAUCACACCUUCAUUUUUGUAGAUUGACCUGUUUUCCGUUUUAAUUCUGUAGACGUGUCACUUCACUAUUAACAAAAUUUGCAGCUGAUCACUUUUUAUAUAUUCUUUAUUAUUAGUGUCAUAACCUGUAAGAAUGAGACAUGUAAUAGUACAAAUGUAUAUGUAUAAUACAGAUUAAUACAAGUCUUUUUUUAACCUAUAAA